AUGGCCAACCAAUUCAGCACCCCGCUUGAGCUACCACUCAGCGCAGAAGCGCUUACAGCUAUCAACGCCCACCUCUCCCAGCUUUCUCCACAAGACAUCCUCGCAUGGGCACUCGCACACCUACCCGCUCUCUACCAGACUACCGCUUUCGGGCUCACUGGACUCGUCGCCCUCGACAUGCUUUCCAAGUCAGGCCACCCGAUCCCGAAACUUAUUUUUCUGGAUACGCUGUACCACUUUGCGGAAACAUACGAGCUCGUACAGCAAGUGCGGGAACGCUAUGCUGUCGAUAUACAGGUGUACAAGCCCGAAGAUUGCAACACAGUUGCAGAUUUUGAAAAGAAGCACGGCGAAGAGUUGUGGGUGAAAGACGAAGAUACCUACGAUUUUGCGGUCAAGGUUGAGCCUGCCCAGCGCGCCUAUCAAGAGCUUGGCGUGCGUAGUGUCAUCACGGGCCGGCGUAGGUCUCAGGGCGGUGAUCGCGCUUCCCUUCAGCCACUUGAGGUUGAUGAAACUGGGCUCCUCAAGCUAAACCCGCUCUUUUCGUGGUCUUUUGCGCAGGUUGAUGCAUACAUCCGCGAGAACAAUGUUCCGAGGAAUGAGCUGCUCGACCAGGGUUAUCGCAGUGUUGGUGACUGGCAUAGCACGCAGCCCAGUCGUGAGGGCGAUGGCGGCGAGCGUGCUGGGAGAUGGGCAGAUAAGGGAGAGAAGACUGAAUGUGGUCUCCAUAAGAACUUUUUUGAGAUGAAAUUGAGAGCAAAGCUCGAGGAGCAACGUACACUAGCGGAAGAAGCAAAGACUGCUUCAGAGGUAGCCGCCCCUCCUGCAUAA